AUGUCGCCGCCGCCGCUCAAGGGCAAGCGCAAGCGCGCCAGCCCGCAGCAACUCGAGAUCCUCAACAAGGUAUUUGCCAACACGUCAUUCCCGCCCACAGAUAUGCGCAACAGCCUUGCGCGUGAGCUCGGGAUGACCCCACGGACGGUUCAGAUCUGGUUCCAGAACAAGCGCCAGGCCAGCCGCCAGCGC